UUAAUAUGUGGUGUAGAGCAUCUAUCAUGUGCACGUCCCGUACAUCACAUCCUGUCUGCUUUUCAAGUUCUAUUUGAAGAUAUCGAUAAAGAAAAAUCGCACGGCAAAACUGUCCUUGGUGCGAUUUAUUUAUGUCGACAACGUCUGCAGCGUGGUGCAGGAAAAAUUAUGAAACGGGCCAUUUAAUCGUCAAGAGUGUUUGUGCCGAACAACACGAAAUUAAUUUCCUUGAGAAAUAACAGUUUGCCGGAUUCUAGUUCGCAGACCCACAGUGCUCCGUGCACAGUUCUCAUCCGCUCGCGUCUAGGGCGACUUGUCAAGCCGCAUUUCAUCAAAGUCGUUAUGGUGCACCUGACGACGAAGAGUCUCGGCUUAGUGAUCUCCGCGAUCAAGAAUCUUCGCGAGAGCCAAGGGUCCACGUCACAGGAGAUUCUUCACUACAUCUCGUCUGUUCACGACAUCCCGGCUACUAAAGCGCGAUGCCAGGUGCAGAGUGUCCUGAAGCGCGGAGUUGCUUAUGGCAUCCUGAAGAAAACUGGCGGUCACUACAGUCUGCCGACCGACAGCGAUAUCGCGCGCCAGGAGCUGGCCAUUCAGGAGAUCGAUAUGUUAGAUCUUUAUUGCCAGCGUAAGAUCAAUCGAUCGCGAGGUUACAAGGCGCAAAAUGAGGCAAGGGCCAGGUCUCGAAGGGCCGGCUGCAGGUGCGGCAGGCGAAGAAGACGGAGGAGGUCGCGAGGAUGCGGUCCGAGGACAUGCAAGAGGCGCCAAAGGAGAAGGACAUCGAGGAGAAGCAGGUGCGGGUGCGGUCAUGCAGGAUGUGGUAGCAAACAAGCGACGAAGCCUGAAGGCACACGUGGUCCCAAAGACGACAAGUUGAUCAGCUCAGACAUGGAGACUACCACGGUCGUUGAUAUGGAACGCAGUCACUCGAGCGUGUCAAACUGCUCGAGUCCGGAAGAAACGACCGUGAAUAAUCACACCGAGCCAGAUGAUCGUGAUGAGCGUUGUCGCAUUGAUAGCGAGAACGUAAUUGAACGUAAUUGAAGUGCAAUUGAAGUGCGCUCUCUGAGAUCCCUGAACUUUACGAUGCGACUGCGCAAUGCUGCGAGAAGAACAGCAAGCUGGAGAAUGGCGAUCUUUGUACAUUCAUUCGAAGGGCUUAAAGUGGAAGAUUAAUUCCGUCCAUUGUCCGAAUCUCGUCGAAGGAAAAAUGCUGUCUCAUGUGUAAGACGAAUGUUAUCUAUAUUGAUUGAACGAACGAGCUUUUCCUUUUGAUCUCUCUUUAUCCUUAUUACGUAAAAUUGUACUAUAAGGUAGAUGAGUUUGAUAAUAAAGUCGUCAUUGCUUUAAAUUAAAAUUGUCGGUAGAAACGCGCAUCGAGAUACAGUCACGUCACCAAAUUCGAAAAUUUAUGUCUCUCAGACAUCAAUAAUCGCGAUGAAUGCGAAAUGUAUUCCUCGAAUAUGCAGGGCAUCUUGAAUGAAUAAAAAAGAACGGUCGAAGACCGUAGUUUGCAUAUUAAUGAUGCAACGUGAUGCAUACGAGAUAGAGUAUGUUUUGUUCCUCUACUGUAUUACUUUAUUUUCUUCCGUCGCGACGAAGUAUGUAUACAUUGUAAAUCGUAUUAUUUUUAUAUUUGUUUUGUGGAGGAUAAGUAUUUUCUCGGAAGUUCAAUGCAAAUUAGGCAAGUUGUCGGUGGUUCAGGUUCAAGUUUGAAUUCGAAUUUCUUCGGCUUCAACGAAGACGCGAGAUUACUCCAUCGUAUUUUUUUGGUAUUUAUUUAUUGUUGCUUACUCCACUUUACUAAAUUUCUAUGCUAUUUUGACUAUACUUCUUUUCCCCGUUUCGUUUUAA